AUGUACUGUGAAGGAUCGGGUCAAGCAAUCAACAAGGAGAAGUCUUCUAUCUUCUUUGGUCGGAACUGUCCGGACAGCGUUAAAGACAGGGUGAAGAACCGGCUGGGAAUCCAUAAUGAGACCUUUCAUGACUCAUAUCUUGGUAUGCCAACAAAGGUUGGCAACUCUCCAACAAGUACUUUCAAGUUCUUGACCGACAGAGCAUGGCAAAAUGUCCAUGGAUGGUCUGACCGGCCGAUUUCUAGAGCUGGAAAUGAAACCUUGCUCAAGUCCAUCACUCAGGCCAUUCCGACCUUUGUUUCGAGCUGCUUUCGUCUUGCUGUCGCUACUUGCGAAAAGUUUAGACAGAUUGUGUCUGAUCAAUGGUGGGGCAGGGAGGAUGGAAAGAAAAAGAUGCAUUGGAGAUCUUGGGCAUGGCUGUCGACCCCGAAGUCUUUAGGUGGCAUGGGCUUCCUCGACAUGGCCUUGUUCAAUCAAGCGCUCUUGGGCAAACAAGGAUGGAGGUUACUAACUGAGCAUGAUUCUCUGUGUGCUCAUGUUUUGAAGUGUAGAUAUUUUCCUAACAGCAACUUCUGGAAUGCCGUGGUGCCACGAACUGCUUCUGCCACCUGGAGGGGUAUUAUCCAUGGCCGCGAUCUGUUGAAACGUGGGGUUCAGUGGGGGAUUGGUGAUGGUAGACAAAUGAGCAUCCUCUCGGAUCAGUAG